AUGUUCACCGCCCUGAGGUUUUGGCGCCAAGCCCUCCUCCCUCUGAUGGAGGGGAUGAUGAUGAUAAUGAUCCUGCAAGGCGUCGGCGUCGCGUCCGUCCUCCCUCGCCGCUACCCAACUCGGGUCCGGCGGGUCGUGAUGCUCGUGUCAUGGCGGUUCACGGCGGGGAUCGAUCAUGAAGCAAGUGGAAUCCUUUGUUCGGGGGAGAUCUCACGUGGCCCACUCUUAGGCAGCGUGCUCUUAGCCGUUGGCCGCGGGUUCCAAAGAGGUCCAGGCCCGGUGCUCUCGGAGGCUCAUAAGAGGGUGAUGCGACGACUUGGCUUUGAAGAAAGGGAGAUUAUUCAGCCGAAUGCUCAAGACAAUUAUACUGCUAUUUUUGGUUGGGAUGUUGGAGAAGGUGAGCAGAUGCGGGCUUCUUUGUCGAGGUCAUUUUAUUUCUUGGGUCAGAUGAAUCCUUCGACUACUUUAAUCUGGAAUGUGCGAGGCCUGAAUCAAAGGGAUCAUCGAAAUUCUGUCAGAGAGGUCAUUCUGUCCAGCAACGCUGACAUUGUCUGUUUGCAAGAAACUAAGGUUGCCAACAUGUCCCAACAUUUGUUUCUCUCGGUCUUUGGGUCUGUGUAUGAUAACUUCAUCGCGCUCCCAGCCAAUGGGACUAGAGGAGAGGUUCUGAUUGCUUGGAAAGGGUGUUCUUGCCUGGCAGUGGCUUCUAGGUGGUUCACUGGUGUCUAUGGGCCACAAGAAGAUGAUGAGAAGGUGAUGUUUCUGCAAGAGCUAAGAAAUAUCAGGGCCCUGUGCAAUGGAGCUUGGCUUCUAGGGGGAGAUUUUAAUUUAAUUUAUCAAGCUGCUGGCAAGAACAAUGCUAAUUUGGAUAGAGCAAUCAUGGGAAGAUUUCGGCAUUUUCUAGAUGACAUGGAUCUCAAGGAGAUCCCACUCUUGGGCCAAAAAUAUACUUGGUCCAACGAGAGGAGAUCGCCUACUCUAGUCAGGCUGGAUCAAGCUUUCUGUUGUGGUGAUUGGGACAAUAUUUUUCCUGAUGAUGUCCUGCAAAGCACAGCAGCUGGUGUAUCGGAUCACUGCCCUCUCAUUCUGGGUUUGAAAGUGAGCACUAGCAGCAAGUGGCGAUUCCAUUUUGAGAGCUUCUGGACCAAAAUCCCUGGUUUUCUCGAUGUUGUUAAACUGAAUUGGGAGGUUCCGGUACAAUCUAAUUGUGUUAUAGAGCGCCUAUUCAUUGAACUACAUCGCCUCAGUAAGGGACUACAAAAAUGGGGGCAGCGAAAAAUAGGGAACAUUAAAGCUCAGCUUGAGCUGGCCAGGGAGAUUCUUCACCGCUUGGAAAUAGAGAGAGAUUCAAGGGCACUCUCUGAGCGCGAGGAAUUGCUGAGAAAGAAACUCAAACUGCAUUGUCUCGGUUUGGCUUCUCUAGAGCGAACCAUUGCACGGCUGCACUCUAGGAUAUUGUAUCUUCAAGAAGGAGAUGCCAAUACUGUUUUAUUCCAUCAACAAGCUAGAUACAGAAAGAAGAAGAACUUCAUCCCAAAACUGCAAGUUGGUAAUCAGGUGGUCGUUUCGCAGGAGGAAAAACAUAAGGCAGUGGAUGAUUUUUAUGAGAACAUUCUUUGGCAGUGCUGA